GACCCCAUUUCCUCGCCACUUCCCAAGGGAGCCGCAGUCCCGGGAUGGCUUUGAGAUACCGGCGUGCGGUUUCCUCGGACAAAGCGUGCGUGUGUUUGCGUGUCGGGGAAAAUCCCGCCAGCCGGUGCCGUCGGGGCACGGCGCUACCGGCCUGUCCCCGCGCUGUCCCCCGCGGGCGGUGGCCGGGGAGGGGCGUUGGCGGGGGCAGUCCCCGACCAUUGAUAACCCCCGUGCCGGGCCCGCCGCGGGCAGCCCGGGAGCGCGGAGCCGCCGCGCACUCCUGUCCCGCACCACCACCCAGCCCACAUCGCACCGUGAGUGCCUCGGGACAGCGCGGAGAACACCGGGGGCGCGGAGAAUGCGGCGGGACGGCGGGGUCCCCGCCGGGACGCCCCGUCUCUGAGGCACCGAGGAGGCUCCCGCGGCGCCGAAUGAGGAUGCCGCUGGCGCUGCUGGCCCUGGCCGUCUUGGGGGCCGCCGCUGGCGGCGGGGCGGGCCGGGAGGAGGCGCGGGAGGGCCGGUUCUCCACGCCGGAGCAGCAGCGGUGCCGCUGGGAGCUGCGCUCGGCCGCGGGGGCCAGCGAGCUGCGGCUGAGCUGCCGGGCGGCGGGCGGCGGGACGGCGCGGAGCUGCGCCUACCGCGGGGAGCCGCGGCGCUGCCCGGCCUACGGCGCCCGCAGCCACCAGUACUGGCGGCAGAUCCUGUCCCGGCUGCGACGGCGGCUCCAUCCCUGCGCCCCGGGAGCGCCGCUCAGCGCCCGCCUGUGCGGGCCGGGCCGGGCGCCGCCCGAGGCGCAGCUCCGCCUGCUGCCCGACCCCGGCCCGGCCACGCCGGCCCCCGCCCCGGAGCCCACCGAGGACCCCGCGGAGACCUACUGCACCGAGCGGUGGCACUCACUGUGCAGCUUCUUUGUCGGCUUCUGGGAGGGCUGAGCCGCCCCGGCCCGCGGGAGGGAGCGCGGCCGCCCGUCCCCCGCGCCAGGACGCUCCCGGCAUCGCCUGCCCUCACCCACCGCUGCCACUGCCCCCCGACUCUGUCAGCUUUCCUCUUUUAUCCCCAA